AUGCCUAGAUAUAAUAAUAGGAAGUAUAAACGUGGCAUAUUUAGCACAGAGGAGGAUGCAAAAUUGAGAGAAUAUGUUGAAAGAUAUGGCGCCAGAAACCGGAAAAGAGCCUCGUUUUAUGUCGGCACACGAGAUGAAAAACAAUGCAGGGAGAGGAAGUAUAAACGUGGCAUAUUUAGUACAGAGGAGGAUGCAAAAUUGAGGGAAUAUGUUGAAAAAUAUGGUGCCAGAAACUGGAAAAGAGCCUCGUUUUAUGUCGGCACGCGAGAUGUAAAACAAUACAGGGAGAGAAAGUAUAAACGUGGCACUUUAGAGGAUGCAAAACUGAGGGAAUAUGCUGAAAAAUAUGAUGCCAGAAACUGGAAAAAAGACUCGUUUCGUGUCGGCAUGCGAGAUGCAAAACAAUGCAGCGAGAGAAGUCCCGAAGUAGAAGAGUAUAUGCCUUUGAUAAAUGACAGGCAAGUGAUUUCAUCCAGAUUUUCUUUUAAUGAUACUGCAAAAAAACUUACAUGA